CUCUCCGGAGUGCAGAUCCCUUGGUUGUAGGGCCCUGUUCCCCCUUCCUCUAAAGCCUUCCCCGACCAUAUAAGGAGAGCCAGCUGCUGGGGGCGUUCCCAGGAUCUAAAGAUAGCAGUCCCUGGCUCAGAGUCCAAGCGCCACUGGGUAGCGGGGAGCCGCCAUGGCAAGGCAGCAUGCCCGGACGCUGUGGUACGACAGGCCCAAGUAUGUGUUCAUGGAGUUUUGUGUUGAGGACAGCACCGAUGUCCAUGUGCUCAUCGAAGACCACCGUAUUGUGUUCAGCUGCAAGAAUGCCGAUGGAGUGGAGUUGUACAAUGAGAUUGAAUUCUAUGCUAAGGUGAACUCCAAGGACUCCCAGGAUAAGCGCUCUGGUCGCUCCAUUACUUGCUUUGUGAGGAAAUGGAAGGAGAAGGUGGCCUGGCCCCGACUCACCAAGGAGGAUAUCAAGCCGGUGUGGUUGUCCGUGGACUUUGAUAACUGGAGGGACUGGGAAGGGGAUGAAGAGGUGGAGCUGGCUCAGGUGGAGCAUUAUGCAGAGCUUUUGAAGAAGGUCAGCACCAAGAGACCUCCCCCUGGCAUGGAUGACCUGGAUGAUGAUUCUGACAGUGCUGAUACAACAAGUAAUUAACUUCUCUGCGGCAGAGCUGGGAAGGAAGCUUGGGGCACCUUCCUUCUUUAAAAAAUUUAUUUGACAGAGAACGCAUAUGAGUGAGCAGGGGGAAGGGGCAGAGGAAGAGGGAGAGAGAAUUUCAACAGACUCCCUGCUGAACCCAGAGCCUGAUGUGGGGCUCGAUCCCAAGGACUCUGAGAUCAUGACCUGAGCUGAAAUCAAGAGUCGGCCACCUUACCGACUGAGCCACCCAGGCGCCCCUUUCGUGAAGCUCUUUUUAAGGGUCCUCUUCAUGUAUUAUUUCUUCUUCCUAGGCACCUGAGUAUGGCUGCAUCAGAUGGCAGGAUAGGAGAGGAGUAGGCUGUUGGCGCUCCUGACUUUCUACCAAUUACCUGUAAUCUUUGUGUUUGGACCAGUCAUCAGGUCUCUGUUGAGUAUUCGAGCAUGUGUAUAUACUUGGUAGAGCAAAAGCCAAAGAAGCAGCAGAUAGAUUAUAAUAAAUCCGUAAGAACUGU